GAGCACUAUCAACCCCUCAUACACAGCCAUGCGUCAUCAUUGCUGAUGUGGAAAUUCCCUUUUCUGCCAUUUGCUCCGCUUUGAGAACAGUGUGAGGCCAAUGCUCUGCAAACCUAAAAACGGGCUAUGAGGAAAGUUGUGUGGUAUUUUUUGUAAAGAAAAGGAAAAUAAAAGAGAGCAGGUGUUGCAUGUUUUUAAAUGGGAAAUCUGCUGGGCAGCUGGCGUUUCAAAGAGCCGAGCACCAUUGAGGAAUGCGACUCGACGUGGGGGUCGGACUCAGAGAGCGACGAUCCGGGCGCUGAAGAUGACAGCGGUACCUCCGGCUCCGUCAGCUCUACGGAGAGCGAACGGGCCGCCGGAGACGCAUCUCCGCAGCUGACUAACUCCCCAGAGUUUGUUCCAAAGAUGAAGAGGAGUUUCAAUGCUGCCAGGGACCUCUACAAGUAUCGUCACAGCUAUCUGAGCUACAAAAGGUCCCGGCAACCAAACGAGUAUCGUAAUCUACGCUUCUACCUGAACAAGAUCCCUCUAGUGCCUGAUGGUAUCUAUAUAGAGGAGAUUCUGACUAAGUGGAGAGGUGACUAUGACAAACUGGAGCACAACCACACCUACAUUCAAUGGCUUUUCCCAUUAAGAGAACAAGGGCUUAACUUCUACGCUCAUGAGCUGACUCAGGAUGAAAUCAAAGAAUUCCAAAGCAGUCGCGAAGCUAAGCGGAGAUUCCUAUUGGCCUAUUCCCUGAUGUUGGACUUCUAUGGCAUCAAACUGCUGGAUAAGAGUGGGAAUGUUGCUCGAGCUCCCAACUGGCAGGAGCGCUUCCAGCACCUUAAUGAGUCCCAGCACAACUACCUACGGAUCACUCGCAUCCUGAAAUCCCUGGGCGAACUUGGUUAUGAGACCUUCAAGGCCCCAUUGGUUCGCCUCUUCCUGGAGGAAUCGCUGUGCCACAGCACCCUUCCCAACAUGCAACACAGUGUCCUGGAGUACUAUGUCUACACAAUUCGCCUGCCGGCCACCCGCAGGCAUCUACUCCGAUAUGCCUGCCAGCACUACAGGCCUGCCCAUGCCUUCCUCUGGGGUCCACCGCCUAAAAGGCGUGCAGGAGGCGUCGGUUCCAGAGAUUGCGUGGGUGCUGGAAGUAGUGGAAUCAGAGCACCUGCUCCAACACCAGAGCAACAGAGGAGAGGGGAGGAGAGCACCACCUCCACCUCUGUGAGUAUUGGGGUUACUGUGUCUGCCCAGGAUCCUGUGAUGUGCCAGGACCUGACUAGAGGAAGACUGAAGGGCUGCACAGGAGUUGCUUCGAAUAUGACUGGAAUGGAGAGAGCACUGACUGGCAGGAGCUAGAGGAGAGAGUAACAAGUAUGAUGAGAUUGUUCCUUUGUAGGGAAUAGGGCUUGAAAGCAUAAGGCAAAGCAGCUGUUUUUAAAAUUUGCUAAUUCAUUGUAAUGAAAAACAAACUAUUGUUUAUGCCAGAAUUUAUAGGACACUGAAACUUGAGGUCAUGGCAGUAAAACACAUUUAUAAUAAUAAUAAUUUGGAAUCUGUUAAACAUGUCAAUCAGUUCAGGUUAAGGGCUUACUAUAAACUAUGACUGUACUUCAUUGCAGUUUGAGUUUAACUGUAAUAGGGAUUAUGAUGUUGGACUUGGGUUUUUGUGGAGGUAAGAGGCCUAUUCCUGAGCCAAGCUAAACAACCUUUAUUUGGACCACAUCCCAAAACCAUCUAAACCAGUAGAGAUCUACUCAUGCUGCAAGGCUUUUCCUCAUCAGAGUGGUCAAACCAAUUAGAGAGAUGUUUUAAUGUAGUGCUUUGGAACUGUAACAGGUGUGAAAUGUGGUUGUUGUUUCAAGAGCUUUUACAACCAAAGGUACCUUGUGAUUGGCAUAUGAAAUGCUGGCGAAAUGAGUUUUGGGAGGUAGCUCUACCUGCUCAUCAAAUACUGUAGCUGGAGCUCCACUAAACAGAAAGCUGGCCUGAGCUCACUUUGUACAGGUGCUGUAAACUAUAAUGUGAAGAGGGAGACUAGGGAGAUUUCUUUCUUUCUCUUUUUCCAAAUUCUGUGACACUAGGGGCAAAGAGCAAAAGUACAAGUGACAUAUUGUCAUACUAAUACUUUGAAACCAUAAUUGUUGAAAUUGACUUGAAGUCCUCACUUUGUUGUUAAUAAUAGCAGGCACAACUCAAAAUUUACCUGCAAUUUUACUGUUGCCAAGUUGAAGGUAGCUGCUCCAUCCAAAAAUUGUACAGAACUGCAGACAAAAAAUAAGACUUGCUGGCAAAUUGAUACAGGUAUUUAUUUUAAAAAACAGUUAAGACUAGACAGGCCUGCAGUGACAAUAUUAUUUCCUGUAAACUACAACUGGACUGGUGGCAUGAAGGUCCAGUGGAAAUGUGUACAUAAUUGCAUAUACUGGCUAUAUAGAGUAGCCAACAAUAGAGUUAAAAAACACAAAAUACCUUCUGUUUGAGUGGAAAGGGAGCUGAGUAAAUUAUGUUUCUAAAUGUAGGUUUCUGUCA